AUGGCAGGGCUCAAAUGGACUGCGAUCGCGACUGCGGCGCUGCCUCUGGUGGCUGCCCUCACUCCCGAAGGCAUGCUGGGAGCCCCCAGAAGAAGUGAAGUCAUUCCCAACCCAACUGGAGAAUGGGGAAUCUUCUCGUCGACCAACUAUUCUUGGGAAGAUCAUGCAGCGACCUCGGUGUGGAAUCUUCUCAACUUGACGAGCGGCGAGUACGACUACCUAGCAGACGGCAGCGAGGUUGCCGAGAUUGCCUGGCUCGGUGGUAAUUCCAGUACCGCUCUUGUCUACCUCAACGGCACGAAUGAGGAAGAAGAUGGCGGUGUCAGUCUAUACGCUGCAGACGCAACUGACAUCAGUGGUGCGGCUCUCAUUGGGUCGUUCCCGGCGCCAUACGCCGGCUGGAAGCACGUCCUCACGCCGAGCGGUGAUGUUCACUUCCUCGUGUAUUGCCUCGCAUUCGAGAACGGUACUGCGUACAAUCCUGACCCAGAAUACGAGCCGCUCAACACUGCCCGCGUCUACGAGUCGACAUGGGUCAGGCAUUGGGAUACCUGGCUUGAUGAUACUCGAAACAACCUGUUCAAGGGUGUGCUCACUGCCGACGGCGAUUCCUUCAGCUUCGAUGGUAACCUGACCAACCUGCAAGUCGGCAUCAAGAACAUCUCUCGUGCAGAAACGCCAGAUCGUCCAUUUGGCGACUCGACGAACUACGCUCUGUCGCCUGAUGGUGAAACUGUUGCAUGGUGGACUCGCAACAUUGACAUCCCGCUUGCGAACAAGACUUCCGCGUACAUCUGGCUUCAGCCAUUUGACAUAGGCUACUCUGCCAACCCGACCUUCUCGCAUGACGGCACAAAGAUUGCUUACUUUCAGAUGGACAGCGACUACUACGAGGCGGACCGCAAUAAGAUCUACAUUGCCAACGCCGACGUCGCGAACCCCAACAUCACCCAAAUUGCCAACGACUGGGAUCGCUCUCCAUCCGGGAUAGCCUGGGCCAACGAUGAUCUAUCUGUUUUCGUUCAAGCCGACGACCUUGGCCACAGCCGCAUCUUCGAGAUUCCAGCCGACGCACCUGCCGACUUUCAACCCACCAAUAUCACUGGCUCGGGCGUCGUGGCUGCCUUCUCCAUACUCGCCAGCGACGACAUCCUGGUCGCAGACAGCAAAGUCUGGUCCAGCCGAGACUACUACGUCAUCUCGCCCGAAGGCGAAGUCAUCACUGAACUGCUUAAAGCAAACGAAGAAGACGAAGCCCUAGCAGGCCUGUCAGAAGCCGACUUCCGCGAAUUCUACUUCCCCACCCCGAACAACUCUGCCCUACAGGAGCUGCAUUCCAUCAUGGUCCUUCCUGCUGGAUUCGACGAAUCCGAGACCUACCCGCUCGCCUAUAUCAUCCACGGCGGUCCACAGGGCUACAACGGCAACUCAUGGUCUACCCGCUGGAACUUCAAGCUGUGGGCCGACCAGGGCUACGUCGUCGUUGCGCCCAACCCAACCGCCUCGACCGGAUUCGGCCAAGCACUCACUGAUCUCGUUCAAGGCAACUGGGGUGGCACCCCAUACGAGGACAUUGUCGCGUGUUACGAAUACAUCGGCGCCAACUUCCCGUUCAUCGAUCUCGAAAACGGCAUCGAAGCUGGUGCGUCUUACGGCGGCUACAUGACCAACUGGAUCCAAGGCCACGAUCUCGGUCGCAAGUUCAAGGCAUUAGUGACCCACGACGGCUCCACGGACACCCGCGCCCAGUACUCGUCGGAGGAAAUGUUCUUCAUCGAGCACGACAACAACGGCUCCUUCCUGGACGUGCCCGAGAACUACGACCGAUGGAGUCCCGUGAACUUCUACGAGAACUGGGCUACACCGCAUCUGGUCAUCCACAAUUCUCUGGACUACCGAUUAGGCGAGACAGAGGGUCUGCAUCUGUUCAAUUUGCUGCAGGAGAAGGGCGUCCCGAGCAAGUUUCUGAACUUCCCGGACGAGAACCACUGGGUGCUGAAUCGAGAGAAUAGUCUGGCGUGGCAUAGUGAGGUGUUUGGGUGGGUUAAUUACUGGAGUGGGUUGAGUGAGGUUAGUCCGUUUCAUGGGAGUACGAGUGUGACGCCGAGAUUUGAUCGUGGCGGUGGGGGUCCGGCGAGGAGGCGGCGGUGGCAUUGA